AUGACGGAGAAUGCGCUGAAGACGGCGCUGAAUCUUCCCCUUGCCGUCAGAAAUGGCCACUUACAGACGCUAGAACUAGCGAUCCCAUGGAAAAACCUGGGAGGAGAGCCGACCAUUAUGAAGCUCGACGGACUAAAAGUCGAGGCCAUCGUCACUGACUCCGUCGAGCACUCGGCCGAGGACGAGCUUCGAUCAAAGCAAAAACUCCUCGAUUACAUCGAAACGAAGCUCGACGCGGAAGCUGUUGUCGAGACGACAUCAUCAAACUCAGAAGCGUACACGAACAAAGUACUCAAGAAUUUACAAGUGGAAAUACAAAAUAUCGAGAUCAAAAUAAUCGACACACAAUUGGGCUCUUCGAUUGGACUCUAUCUCGGCUCGUUAACGCUUAAAACGGCGGAUACAGAAUGGAGAGAAGUCGGCGUCAUGGAUCAUAUGGCUGAAGAAGCGAGAAUGUUCAAAAUCGCAAAACUCGAAAACCUAGGCCUCUUUAUCAACUCCGACACAGACACAGAACCUCAGUAUAUACUCGAACCACUCACAGUACUAGCACACUUGCAACAUAAUCUAAGACCAGACGACAACGAGCUCCGAGGCGACGCCUCCAUCAAUCUCCAAUCAAUAGGCUUGAGGCUUACUUCCUCGCAAUUUCGCUUCAUCACUUCUAGCAUAGAAAAGCUAGAAAGAAUACGCAGAAAUGCAAAAUUCCGGAAAGGGCGGCCGACCUUAUCGACAAAAGAAGAUCCGAAAGCGUGGUGGCGUUAUGCGGGAAAUACAGUUAUACAGAUGUACAAUAUCAAAGAAAAAGCGAAACUAUUCAACAGAAAAUAUAUUGCAGAAUACUGCCAAAACAGGAAAACAUACAGAGAAGUCUUCAAGCAAAAAUUACAGGGGACCAGAACCUCUCAGUCCGAAAUCGACGCGCUAGAAAGCGCCCUCGACAUACCAACAGUUAUCGAGCUCCGCCAAAAAGCCAGAUCCUUGGUAAAGAAGCAAACAAGUGCACAGCAGUCUUCAUGGUUUGGCGGCUGGUUUGGAGCGGCUGCUCAAGACGAUCAAUCUGGAAAUCUUGAAAUCGACGAAAACGACAGGAGUAGAAUCUCAUCUAUCCUAGACGGAGUCGAUUUGACCAAAUCGAAAGAUCCCCCGGGAGUCACACGGUACCAGCUUCAAGUGUCUCUUCCCUUGCUAAAAAUUCAAUUGGGAGACAUUCUUACCCUCUCGCUAGAAGAAGCCUUCUUCACAUUUAGAACUACCCCUGGUUGCAAAUCAGAAAUGCUACAAGUCAAAUUCAACCGCCUUCUUGUUGACUCGAUCUUGACGAAAUCACCUAUUGUCACGACGAAUACAGCUGAUGGGGGAGAGUUUUUCUCGUUCACCUUCACGACGAAUCCUUUUACAAAAGAUACCUACGAGAAAAUAGCUGAUCGCUCGCUGGUCGUGAAAUCAUCAGGCAUCGAAGUCAAGUAUGAUGAUGAUGCUGCGCGAGCACUUUCGUCCUUUUUCAUGUUGGAGAUCGAAUGA